AUGCAUCAUGAGGGCUACAUCCAGGAACAACUCGACCAAAUAAGGGAAGUGUCGAUUAUGAAGAGUCUAAACAGCGUUCAUGUUGUAACAAUUAAUGACAUAUGGUGUUCACCGAAUACCGCCUACAUUAUUAUGGAAUUAUGUGAUUGCGAUCUAAACGUACUAAUUGAUUCCAUGCAAAUAAUAUAUAAGUUUGGCGAUUGUGUGGAACCCAAUGAAUUUGAAUAUUUUAUAUCAUUGAGCAUCUUCACUGAGAUUGCUCAGGGUGUAAAUUACAUACAUACACAAACACGUCCUAUUAUUCAUAAAGAUCUGAAACCAGCGAAUAUAUUAAUGGCCAAAGAUUGUAGUUUGAAGUUGUCCGAUUUUGGGUUGGCAAAGGUCCUAGUUGAUAAAGGGUCAAUUACGCAUACGGCUGGGGCUGGUUCAGAGUGGUUUAUAGCACCGGAAGUAAGUAUUAGUAGUAAUAAUCAUCAUUACAACGAGUCGUGCGAUAUGUAUAGCCUGGUUUGGCGAUACCAAAUCAUAGUGACUCGCAAAGAAUUACAGAGCCCAUACACGCUGAGGUUCCGCCACUAUAACUAUAACUAUAACUAUCUCAACAUCAGUAUCAUUAGUGGCCGUCACAUCCCUGUGCGCACCACAGAGUCGGUGCUCUCAAUGGGCAAUAGGAAGAGGCAAUAA